UUGGGCCUUCUCUAUAUAAUCCACUCAACGUAAAAAUCUCUUACCGUUCACUCUCCAAUUUCUCCAAACAUUUCUUGCUCUUAUCUCUCGCACAGUACACACGCUAACAUCUAUACAUACACAAAGUUCAACAACUUCUUUCACUGUUUAGAAGUGAUUAUUUUGGUUUUUAAGUUAAAAAUGGGAUUCCCACUGGGAUAUACUGAACUCUUUCUUCCAAAACUUUUAGUUUAUCUCCUUACAGUUCUGGGUUUCAUCGGAAAAUCAAUUUCUACGGUUUUGUCACUACUGGGCUUUGGGGAUUUUUUGGAGUCGGAAAUGGCGUUUCCUGAUUCCGGGUUGGAGCAACCCAAGUCAGUAUCCGCUGUGCUGAUCCGGGAACUUCUGCCUGUGGUGAAGUUUUCAGAUUUGAAUGAAUUUGUCCCGCCGGAAAACUGCGCUGUUUGCUUGUACGAGUUUAACGGUGACGAUGAGAUCCGACGGCUGACAAACUGUCGACACAUAUUUCACAGGAAUUGUCUGGACCGGUGGAUGGACCACGAUCAUAAAACGUGUCCGCUAUGUAGAUCGCGGUUUGUUCCCGAGGAAUUGCAGGAGGCUUUUAACGAGAGGCUAUGGAUGGCUUCAGGAAUUUCUGAAUUAUACGGCGAGUAUUUGCCGAUUUCCGCUGGUUUGUAGUUUUUGUUCGUAAUCUCUUUUUCCUUUAUUUUUUUGGUGGGAUGAAAUGUAAAUAUUGGCAAGAAAAUAUGGGCAAAAAAGGAGAUCAAGAAGAAUAAAUAUUUUGCAUAAUUUUUUGUCUGGUAAUAAAUUUUGGUAAUUUUUAGGUUC